AUGUCCAGUAAAGCUCCUCCACCACCUGCGGAUGUAUUAGGCUGGACUAAAGGCUAUUGGGCCACAAACACUUCACGAAGUUAUGAUCGUAAGCGCGCACUUAAAUAUUUGAAUUCGUGUAUAUCCAUAUAUCUAUUAACUCCUCUCUAUUUGAUGGGCUUGUCUCAGAACGGGUUUGGCACUUUACAUGGAGGAGCAAUCGGCAUCUUUAUAGAUGCUCUUGGAUCUCUCGCCAUUGCUUCAAACGGGCCCGCUUACGCAGCACACGUCUCAGUCGACAUCAACACGACAUUCAUCGCUGGAGCUAAUCUGGGUGAAAUCUUAGAAUUGGAAGGUGUUGUUGACAAACUUGGAAAGAGUCUAGCAUUCACAUCUGUAUCAGUCAAGGUUGGAAACAAGGUCGUUGCCUUGGGACGACACACGAAAUUUAUGAUGCCACCACCAAAACUUUGA